UUUAUGAUUUUGUUGGGUGACAACACUAAAUAUCUGGCUACCCGGAGGAUUGUCCGUCCAUCCGAAUAGAAUCAUUUCCGGUAUAAAGGAUUUUCUUUGUUUUAAAAAAACUCCAUCAUGUCGGGGGGCAAAGUGCCUAUACAAAUCACGUAUUUGCUCAAUAAUAACCGUUGUGUUUGCAUGGUUCUGUGUUAAUUUACUAACAACCAGAAAUGGUUUUAUGAAGGUGGGGAGGUUUAUUUUGUCCGCAACAAAGGGGGAGGAAUAUUGUCGACGCACAGCGUCUCCGGCUGCAUGCCCAGAGACCUGAGCUGGCAGACUACACAACAAGAGUCUACUUUUGCCGUAAUGGGGGAGAAACCGUUGAAGAUCCUCGCAUGUGGUGAUGUAGAAGGAAGCAUCAAUGCUGUGUUUAACCGCGUCCGGACCAUCCAGAAGAAGAGCGGGCAGUUUGAUCUGCUGCUGUGUGUAGGAAACUUCUUCGGUUCGUCUCCAGGAGCUCAGGCUGAAUGGCAGGAGUACAAAUCUGGAGCAAAGAAAGCUCCCAUCCACACCUACAUCCUGGGAGCAGCCAGCCAGGAAACCCUCCGCUUCUUCCCCAGUGCUGACGGCUGUGAGCUGGCAGACAACAUCACCUACCUGGGUCGUCGUGGCGUUUUCACUGGGGCGUCAGGCCUGCAGAUAGCAUAUGUGAGUGGUCGUGAGGGGCAGCAGGAUCCGACUCCAGCUCACUGCUUCUCUCCUAAAGACCUCACUCAGCUGGUGGAGCCACUGAUUAGCAACAACCAGUUCAGAGGAGUGGACAUCCUGCUGACAUCACAGUGGCCCCGCGGAGUCUGGCAGUACGCCAACAGCCCCGAAGUCAACACUAAGUUCUGUGGAACGACCUCUAUCUCCCACCUGGCUUACAAGCUGAAGCCUCGCUACCACUUUGCUGCGGUAGAAGGAGUUCACUAUGAGAGACUACCUUACAGGAAUCAUGUUGUUCUUCAGGAGAAUACUCAGCACGUCAGCAGAUUUAUCGCCCUGGCAACCGUCAACAACCCAGAGAAGAGAAAGUACCUGUAUGCCUUCAACAUUAUCCCGAUGAAAAGCAUGGAGGCAUCAGAACUGGUCAAGCAGCCUCAGGAUGUCACUGAGAGCCCUUACAGCAGGAUGGUUAGAGAGAACACUCUCUCUGACCUUACUGUCCAGGAGCCGGCAUCUCAGUUCUUCUUUGACCUGGGGAAGAAGCAGCGUGGAGGGGGGCGUGGCCAGGGGGGGCGUGGUAGGAAGAGGCCCUCAGACGGAGACGGGCAGAAUCAAGGACAGCCGUGGGAUUCAGACCGGCAGAGUCAGAGACUGCCCUUUGAGCUAGACAGGCCUAAACAACCCCGCAGGCCCCCUCAGCCCAGCAGUCCCUGUUGGUUCUGUCUGGCCAGCCCUCAGGUAGAGAAACACCUGGUCAUCAGCAUUGGUACACAUUGCUACCUGGCCCUUGCUAAGGGCAGUCUAACCCCUCAGCAUGUGUUGGUACUGCCCAUCGGUCACUACCAGUCAGUAGUGGAACUGAGCUCUGAGGUGGUUAAAGAACUGGACCGAUACAAGAUGGCUGUCAGGACCUUCUAUAAGAGCAAAGGACAGCGCUGUGUUCUGUUUGAGAGGAACUACCACAGCCAACACCUACAGAUCCAGGUAGUACCAGUACCGGAGGAUAAGUGUACCACUGAAGAUAUUAAAGAAGCCUUCCUGCUGCAGGCGCAGGAACAGAACAUGGAGCUGAUGGAGAUACCCCAACACACUGACCUCCAACAGAUUGCUCCUCCAGGGACACCGUACUUCUACGUAGAGCUGGACUCUGGAGAGAAGCUCUUCUACCGCAUUCAGAAAAACUUCCCUCUGCAGUUUGGCAGGGAGGUGUUGGCCAGCGAGGCGUUGCUGAACAUCCCGGAGAGGGCCGACUGGAGAGAGUGUAAACAGACCCCAGAGGAGGAGGAGGGUCUGAGCAAACAGCUACGAGACGACUUCCAACCAUACGACUUUGCACUGGAAGACUGAACACCGACACACACUGUACCGUACAGGAGGGGUGUAAUGGUACACGUUUUCAUACUGAACCGUUGGGUACGGGGACUUCUGGAUUAACAACACCAGUCCUAUAGUCUGUGCUGUGUUGUAGGCCUAUGUCUGCAGUAAAUCUGAGCUGAACAUUUCAGUCUAUUCCGUUGAAACAACUAGAGCCUAUGUGCACGUUGUAAUCAAAAUGUAAAUCUUAAUUGGCGCAUUUCAAAAACCGUCCUUUUGUGAGGCGCAGCCGGGAACUAGUUCUGUACGAUGGUGAUUGGUGGGGUCAAACCAUAACCGGAGGAUCCUCCGUCGUUCAAAUCUCCAGUUUGGGAACAUUUUGUCAUGAACGUAGAUUAUAACGCUGAUGGACAGAGUUGUGGGUAAAGCGUUAACAGUAUGUCUCCACGCAGAAGGAGAAUAGCUGCUGUAGCACCUCCAACAUGUUGACACCCACAUCACCCCAGUAUAGUGUAGCAUGACGGAGCACCUCCAACAUGUUGACACCCACAUCACCCCAGUAUAGUGUAGCAUGACGGAGCACCUCCAACAUGUUGACACCCACAUCACCCCAGUAUAGUGUAGCAUGACGGAGCACCUCCAACAUGUUGACACCCACAUCACCCCAGUAUAGUGUAGCAUGACGGAGCACCUCCAACAUGUUGACACCCACAUCACCCCAGUAUAGUGUAGCAUGACGGAGCACCUCCAACAUGUUGACACCCACAUCACCCCAGUAUAGUGUAGCAUGACGGAGCACCUCCAACAUGUUGACACCCACAUCACCCCAGUAUAGUGUAGCAUGACGGAGCACCUCCAACAUGUUGACACCCACAUCACCCCAGUAUAGUGUAGCAUGACGGAGCACCUCCAACAUGUUGACACCCACAUCACCCCAGUAUAGUGUAGCAUGACGGAGCACCUCCAACAUGUUGACACCCACAUCACCCCAGUAUAGUGUAGCAUGACGGAGCACCUCCAACAUGUUGACACCCACAUCACCCCAGUAUAGUGUAGCAUGACGGAAACACAAAGAAUUCACACCACCUCCCGUCUGCAUUCAGCUGUUUCUGACCGGGCCAAAGUUCAGAGCGAUAGGUAGGCAAUGUUUAUGUUUUUUACAGUCUUGGGUUUAUUGCGUGGAUAUGUGUCCGUUCUCAGGGGUUGAGAAUAGGGCCUUUCAGCACCUCGUCAAAUUGCUCCACACCCACGUUACCAACUUCCCUCAUUUCAUAAAACGGGUAGUACCCACGUUAUAUAAGCAAGCCAAAGUUUUAAAUGAAUUGGCCAAUGUAUCCUGUGUUGUGCUUGGUGACAUCCUGUCACAUGACCCCGGAGUAGGCGAUGUCCCAUGCUACAGACACGCCCCCUUUACCAAAGUGCUGGAGGCAGUGUCGUGGUGCGUUUGGAACCAACUGGGAAGUUGCCACAUACGACUGGGUUAAAUCUACUUCAAUGUCCCUCCAACUGGUAAUUACUAGUGGGAAAACUAUCAUUGUGAGCUCCCACUUCUCCCACAUGCUGACCUCACCUACUAAAGGACAUUUUCAGGCAGUUAAAUGCAACAAAACAUUAUUUAAAAAUAGCAGUGGUUUUUGAACUAUAAUUUGUUUAAAAGCAUGAUAGCUGUACUUUUAGGAGGACGCAGCUUGUUGGCCGUUAGCCAAUCGACGAUUCUCAACAAGUUCAAAUCACAUGAAUGGUCCCACUGGUAUUUAUGACGACACAACUGGUAAAUGCCCUCAUGGUUACAAACUCAGCAUCAGGGUGGGAACUUGAGAGGCCUGACAUAAGUGUCAAUGCUGAACAUUGUGAAGGGCGUUUAAUUUGGAGGCGCAGGGUGCAGUUGAGAUCUUCCCUUAUUAAUGCACUUCCUGCCUUCUCUGUUUUUACUUCAAUCCAAUCGUCUGAAAAAGUAGUUUUCACAAUGUGGAGAUAAAUCAGUGUCAUCAUUUUGUACAAGGUCCCUGAUUAAAAGCUUUUUUCUA